AUGGCCGCAGGACGACUUCAACGAUGGGCUCUGUUCCUGAGCGGAUUCGACUACGAGAUCAAGUACAUUAAAGGAACAAACAAUGGAGCAGCAGAUGGUCUUUCAAGACUACCCCGAAAAAUUACGACAAAAACAGAUGAGUCAAAAGAUUACUUCAACUUCGUCACAGAAGAAAGAUUGCCAAUAAGAGCAGACGACAUCAUCACAGGAACCAGGACAGAUCCAAUAUUGAGCAGAGUGUACUACUUUGUCAUGAACGGAUGGCCAAGGGAAAUAGAAAUAGAACUGAAGGCGUAUGGAAUCCGGGCGACUGAAAUCACUGCCGACAACGAAGUAUUAAUGUGGGGCUACAGAGUUCUCAUUGCCUCAAAAUUUAGACAAGGAUUGCUCGAAGAAAUACACACAGGACAUCUUGGGAUAUCUAAGAUGAAAUCCAUUGCCCGUCAGUACUUUUGGUGGCCAAAUCUCGACAUGGACAUUGAAAAAUUUGGCAAGGAUUGUUUUGCGUGUCAAAUCACAUCUAAGAAUCCGGAAAGGGCUUCAUUAAUUAAAUUCAAAGAAGCUGUUUACCCCUUUGAAAGAGUCCACAUCGACUAUUUAGGCCCUUAUCAAGGCAAAAUGUAUCUGUUGAUUAUCGAUUCUCACAGCAAAUGGCCCGAAGUUCUUGAAAUGCACGACAAUGGACGACAGUUGGUGUCAGAAGAGUUUGAACAGUUUUGCAAGGGCAACGAGAUCCGGCAUAUCACAUCCGCACCGUAUCACCCAGCAACCAAUGGACAAGCAGAAAACGCCGUCAGUUCUUUCAAGCGAGGAAUUGACAAGGCCCUUAAGGAUAAAAAGAAUAACAACGAGAGUCUAAAAACCAUGAUAUCAACAUACUUAUUCGCAUAUAGGAAUGCUCCACAUACAUCUUCCGGCGAAAGCCCAGCUACCAGGAUGUUCGGAAGGCUCGACAAACAAAUCAAAUACUUCCAAGGACACAGAGACAUUCGAUGCAAGGAAGGGGAUCCAGUGUUGGUCCGAGAUUAUAAAAACCCAUCGAAACCGACAUGGCAACCAGCUAAGAUCUCCGAAGUACUAGGCGAAAGAACAUACAUAUGUCAACCUAAAACUGAUAGCAAUCUUAGAUGGAAACGACAUACGGAUCAAAUCAUCAAGGUUGGCGACUUUUACAAUAAAAAAAAAGGAGUACUCCAGGAGAAAGCGGAGCCGAUGUAUGAACCAAACAACGAGUCGAAAACUGGCGACGUUUACAAACCAAAUACAGAAUCGACACCACAACCAGAAUAUAAGACAAAUCAGGAUCGAACAAUCACGGAUAGCACUCCUAACAAAACCGUCAAUACAAAGGUCAACGAAUCACCGAUUGAAAUAAAAGCAGAACUAAGCAGCAACGUAACCAAGAAAAACAAUAAGAAGCAAGAAAAUAGUUACUAA